CCAAUAUUGUAAAGUCCUACAAGUGUACCCGUCUUCUUUACUACCACAGUCACCUCUUCACCAGUCCUAUUAACAUGGUUCAUCUUGUCACUUCCGAUAAUGUGGAGUUCGUAGUCGACAAGGAGGUUGUUGAGCGCAGUGUUCUCAUUAAGAACAUGCUUGAAGAUGUUGGAGAGUCCGAUCAAUCCAUACCUCUGGCCAACGUUUCCUCGGCCGUACUGAGGAAGGUCAUAGAGUACUGUGAACACCAUAGGGGUGAGCCCUUGCCUAGCGCAGACGCCGACCAGAAUCAGGAUGAGACCCGCAAGCGGACAACCGAUAUCAGCGAAUGGGACCAGAAGUUUAUAACUGUUGACCAAGAGAUGUUGUUCGAGAUCAUCCUCGCUGCAAAUUAUCUCGAUAUCAAGUCGCUGCUCGAUGUUGGAUGCAAAACGGUUGCCAACAUGAUCAAGGGAAAGACCCCUGAUGAAAUCCGCCGUCUCUUUAACAUCGUCAACGACUUCACUCCAGAGGAAGAGGCGCAAAUCAAAAAAGAGAACGAAUGGGCAGAAGACCGAUGAGGGAUCAGUCUAUAGAGUUUACUGUACCAGCUAUUUUUCUAUCUUCGUGUCAUUACCAGUUUCCUUAGUAUUGCAGUUCGAUUUGCACUCGUGGUUUUCUUGUGGAACGGCGGUCGUUCGCUGCGCGCCGCAGCUUGGCGCGUGCUUACAUAAAGUCAGCAGCUGUAUUAGUACUUGUACAUUCUCAAGCAAAGUUCAAACGUACA